UAAAAAAUUUAAAUGGAGUUCCCAUUGUGGCACAGCAGAAGCGAAUCCGACUAGGAACCAUGAGGUUGUGGAUUUGAUCCCUGGCCUUGCUCAGUGGGUUAACAAUCCAGCAUUGCCGUGAGCUGUGGUGUAGGUGGCAGACGCGGUUCAGAUCUGGCAUUGCUGCUGCUCUGGCACAGACCAGCAGCUGCAGCUCUGAUUAGACCCCUAGCUCAGGCAGGUGCAGCCCUUAAAAAAAAAAAAAAAAAAAAAGGACAAAAAAAAGGAGGGGGAAAUGUCCCCAACACACACGCCCAGUCUAGACUAGGUGCCCCACUUCGGCCUUCCUUCCACUCCGCUUUGUGUCCAGCGCAGAGACGUCUCAUCUCCAAUGGGCUUGGCAUAUAAUAGGUGCUCAGCAAAGAUCGAUUGGGUUUCGCCACAGCGAUUUAUCGUGCAAAAAAGGCAACCACUAGGGGGCGAGCUGGCACCACCAGAGCGCCCUGCGGGACGCACUACCUUUCCCAGCGCGCAGGGUGGGGCUCCGCGGGAGGCGUUGACGAUGCUCGCAGCUCUCGCUCCUCCCCUAGCGCUGCUCGAGAGAGGGGUGGGGCUUGACUGCCGAGUGCGGGCGGAAACUGCCGAGAGUCCUCAGGGCUCCGACUCUGCGCUCCGUCGGCCCCGCGGAGGGGCGGAAGUAACCGAGAAGCGCCGGAAGUUUCCGAUCCUGUGCGUUCCCGGGUGGCCUGCGGCGCCAGUUGCCAUGGAGCCGGCCGGGCCCUGUGGUAUCUGCCCGGCCGGGGAGGCCCAGCCGGCGCGCUACACCUGCCCUCGCUGUAAUGUGCCCUACUGCUCGCUGCGCUGCUACCGGGCGCAUGGCACCUGCGCUGAAGACUUCUACCGUGACCAGGUGCUGGGAGAGCUGCGCGGCCGCAGCGCCUCACCCAGCCGCCUGGCCAGCGCCCUGCGCCGGCUGCGUCAGCAACGCGAGACCGAGGAUGAGCCCGAGGACGCAGGCCUCAGGCCUGGCCCGGCGCCCGGCGGCCUCUCAGGACUCUGGGAGCGGCUGGCCCCGGCCGAGAAGGCGGCUUUCGAGCGGCUGCUGAGCCGGGGCGAGGCCGGGCGGCUGCUGCCCCCGUGGCGGCCGUGGUGGUGGGGUCGUGGGGCCGGGCCGAGGCUUCUGGAGGAACUGGGUGAUGCUCCGGGCCGUGACGCCGAUGAGCUGGAGCCUGCCCCCGCGGGGUCGCCGCCGGAACCCGUCAAGGAUGAGCCCGCGGCCGCCGGGCCGACUCCCGGAGACGCCCCCGGGGUCUGCGCGCCCGCCGUGCCCACCCGGAUCCCCACACUGGCCAGCCUGAGCAGGGGCCGCGCGUCGCCGCUCGUGCGCUUCCAGCUGCCCAAUGUGCUGUUCGCCUACGCACACACUCUGGCCCUGUAUCACGGCGGCGACGAGGCGCUGCUCUCCGACUUCUGUGCCACGCUGCUCGGCGUUUCUGGAGCCCUGGGCGCCCAGCAAGUCUUCACCUCUGCCGAGGAAGCCCUGCAGGCCGCAGCCCAUGUGCUGGAAGCAGGCGAGCAUCCGCCCGGGCCCCUGGGCACACGGGGUGCCAUGCGAGAAGCCGCCCGCAUCUUGCUGGGUGAGGGCCCGGCCAACCAGAAAGGCUACACGCUGGCAGCCCUGGGGGACCUGGCUCAGACCCUGGGCCGGGCCCGGAAACAAGCCGUGGCCACCGAAGAGCGAGAUCGCCUCUACCGGGCCCGAAAGAAGUGCCAGUUCCUGCUGGCUUGGACGAACGAAAAUGAAGUGGCCCUCACACCGUUGGCUCUAGACUGUGCCAGGGCACACCGAGCCCACGCUGUCGCAGCCGAGGAGGUGGCAGCCCUCACUGGGGAGCUGGAGCAGCUUUGGGGAGGCCCCUUGCCACCUGCCCCCAGGACUCUCAUUGAGGAGCUCCCGGGCUGAACUGGAGACACUCUGUCAUUAAUAAAACUGCGACUGGUCUGCCCUGUCACAGGUGCCCA